GAAAAGAUAUACUUGGCGAAUCAGUAGGCUAAAGGAGCGAUGAGACGACUGCAAGUAGAUCUGCUCCCUUGCCAUCUUGCAUUCUUUCUGUUUUCACUCCGCGUUCUUUUCAACACUCCACAGUUUUUCCUUUCACUCCCUGUGUAAAGAGAAACCCACGACGGAGAAUACCAAGACACAGUCGAUCGGAUCAACCGACGAAGCAAGGACUGAAGCUGUCUUCAGCCCAAAUCCGUGUUGAUACACCCCUUUACAUCAAUCAAAAUGGCAAACUGUACCGUCUUUCCAAACACUAGUGACCAGUGGACACUCAUUGGAGAUCCGUUUCCCCGAUUCGACUAUGUCCUUUGCCUCCUCAUCAUCAUCGGAGUCGUGGGCAAUUCCCUCGUCAUCUUCAUCAAGAUUCGCCAAGGAGGAUCGCGAAGUGGCGGCGGGUUAACGGAGACCAAUCGCCUCGUCAUUGGACUCGCCACCGCGGACCUUCUGACCGCAGUAUUUCUCAUUCCGGUCCCGGAGCUUGUGAACGUACCGCAUAACGCGGCGGGCGAGUUCUACUGUCGGAUCCUGGAGUCGAGGUUCUUGGCGUGGAUAUGUUUCAUUGCGUCGGUGUACACUCUCACUACCAUCUCUGUGGAACGCUUCCUCGCCGUUGUCUAUCCGUACUACUACAGGAUAUGGAUCAAGAAGCACCAUGUGAAGUACUCGUUUCUUGUCAUAUGGCUAUCUUCUACUGUCAUCAAUAUUCCCACCAUCGCUUUCCAUUCCAUAGAUGGAUGUGGCAGGUGCAACUCCACAAUUCCAUCGACCCGCUCUAGACGAAUCAACGGCGUUUUCAUUUUCUUGAUCGAAUAUUUGGGUCCUCUGUUCAUAAUGGCGUACACGAGUGUAAGGGUUUUGAUCGUUCUUCGAAGGAGUGUGAUCAAGGACGUAAAUGAAGGUGAUAAAUCUCUAAAGAGGCAAUCGACGCAGCUUGAUAUGCUGCGACGGCGUUUCACCAGGAUGUUCAUCUUCAUCUUCGCUGCAUUCAUGGUCCUCUGGACUCCCGACCAACUGGCCUUCUUGCUUUACAACUGCGGUGUCCUGGAUGAUGAGUUCACCGGAACCAAAGCCUACAGGAUCUUCGUCAACCUUGCAUUCUUGAAUGCAGCGACGGCCAAUCCCAUCAUCUACUCGCUGUGCUUGCCUUCGUUCCGCCAGGCUGUUAAAGAUCUUCUGUUGUGCAGAGGAAUGGAAGGAUCUCCGGAUCCUCUGACAGAUCUCUCAUUCAGCGCCGAUAGACGACCAACUACAUCAACCGGUCUGACAGCAACGUCCAAUUAUAGGGGAUGAUGUGUGAAAUCCCAUUAUUCCCAAGAUAUCAUAAUAUAUUUUGGUUAGUUCUGGUAUGCUUUCUCAUUCUCAGGAUCCGAGAGGGAUAUUUCAAUUAAGCAACACUGACAACUACCAAGAUAAUUGGAAUAGAUUUAAAUACACCAGAAGAACUGUUUGUAUAAAGAAUUAGUUCAAAAUGCAGUACUACAAACGCAUGUCGUAAGCUUCAUCUAAACUAAGUAAAUAAGUGUUUAUCAUAGAUAUUCUCCUUUUACAUGAUUCAAGUAUUUGGAUAGUCAUAUAGGCUGAAUUCCAUUCAAUUAUAUAUCCAUUACACAUCUGAUCCAUGUGAACCAUGUUACAAUGACUGCAUUUUUUUCUUUUCAUUUCUAUAAUCCCUUUCUGUAUUAAAGUGUCACAUUGACCUAUUAACAAAAGAUGACUAUUUUAGACAUGAGAUGUAUCAUUUCUACAUCGUUGCAGAAAGAGUUGCUUUUAAACGCAAGCCAAAAUAUCAAUCGCAAGUCCAAAAUGCGCGCUGUUGAUUGGUUGGAAAUCAAGUUGCGCCUAAAUUUUUAGAGUUGAAAUUGAUUGCAACUCUUUCUACAACGGGCCCCAGGAAUAGUAUGAGAGCAACAAAAAAGCACUUCAUGUAUGACGUAAGGUUUCGCGAAUGUGUUUAGACCCUCACUUCGUCAUUUAACUGUUGAUAUAAUGAAACAUUUUAAAAUAUAUACUCAAUCGUUUUAUUCAAUG